GCAUGUUAUCCAGACCUGCUGAGUUACUCCAGCAUUUUGUGCCCUGUUUAUGCCUCGCUAUAGUAGAUUCAGUGUCGUUCCCUGCUGCCUUGACAUUACAAUGACUACAAUGUUUAUCCACAUAGAUCAGCACUGCUAGAUCUUCCUCCUCGUAGUUACCAUCCCAGUACCGAUUGAGUAUCUGUGGCCCACCCAUCACAAUCACUCUUCAGUGUAUUAACAUUAAUGAGUACUGCUGCUUAUCACAUGUGAAAUAAUGGCCUGGGCUGUAACACUUGAAGUGUGCUUUGUGUAUUGUGUGUGAAUGAAUAGAUGCUGACGUUUCGGGUCGAAACCCUUCUUCGUCUGAAGAAGACCUGGCAGCACGUGUCUUGAUUGUAGUUGGCUACAUUAGCCCCGUGAGCUUUUUAUCUGUUCUGAGCAUUGACCACAUUGCAUAUUGUGUUGGUUUCAGGGUCUAAAAGGUUUAAAAGGACGUCACGGUGUGCAGGGACCCACAGGUUCUGCAGGGGAAUUUGGCUUAAUUGGAGCACCAGGACUGCCGGGGCUUAUGGGUGGGGAAGGAGCUUCGGGACCCAAGGGUGCGGCUGGUGUGAAUGGCCCUGAGGGCGGGAUUGGGUUACCAGGGUUACCGGGCCCUCGAGGCACUCAGGGACCUCGUGGUAUGGAUGGAAGGAAGGGAUUUAAAGGAAAGAGAGGUCACCAGGGCCGGCCUGGAUUAGACGGACUUCCUGGUCCAAGGGGAAUGGCUGGUGAAGAUGGGCCACUCGGGCCAAGAGGGAAGCCCGGGCAAGAAGGACCAAGGGGAUGGCCUGGAAUUCCGGGGAUCCGAGGUCCAGUGGGUGAUCCUGGUACAAGAUCUGCCGAUGGAGCACCGGGAGACCAUGGGGAGAAAGGAGACUGUGGUGUUCCUGGACCGAUCAGAAAAAGAGGACUUCCAGGACCAAGGGGGACAGCGGGGAUCCCUGGAAUAUCCGGACACAGAGGUCGGCUUGGGGCAGCGGGACCUGAAGGUGAAGAUGGAGCCAUGGGGCUUCAGGGGCCACAGGGACUGACGGGAUCCAAGGGUAACAGGGGAGCUGAUGGACACAAGGGAAUCCGUGGAACCAGAGGACACAAGGGACAUGUUGGUCAGCGUGGUUUGGUGGGAUUACCUGGAUCAGCAGGAUUAAAAGGCCAGCAAGGAAUACAGGGUGCUGAAGGAAAGUCUGGUACACAGGGAGAGUCUGGCACUCCAGGUGAACCAGGGAGUCGAGGGCCUCGGGGUUUUGGAGGAAUGAGAGGUGAUCAAGGAGCAGAUGGAGGGACAGGACUGGCUGGCUCUGCAGGAUGUCCCAGUGCUGACGGAAUACCUGGCUGGACAGGAGAACGAGGCCCCAUUGGCAAAUCAGGACUGCCAGGAUCACAGGGACCUGUAGGCAUGUAUGGGUUUCCAGGACCUUUGGGAGAACGAGGAAGUCCAGGAUCAAGAGGUGCCAAGGGAGAACCAGGAAACAAGGGGCUAUCGGGACAGGCUGGGAAACUAGGCGUGAAGGGUCCAGGGGGCAAGCCCGGUGAGAGGGGAACUCCUGGACAAGCGGGCAGAAGAGGGAAUCCAGGCACCAAGGGAUUAAGUGGCCUACCUGUAAGUAUUUUCUGAUGUAAAAGCACAAAGAAUAUGAUGUUUUUUAAAUACUGUGCUGUUUGCCGUUUCGUGGGACAUGUGUUGUUUAAAAGGGAGUUUUGUACCAUCAGCAGUCUUCAGCUGUCUGCAGUGGCAUUCUGCAAAACAUCAUCAGCUGAGGGAGGUAGUUCUCCGUUAAAUGUGCAGACAGUGGCGUUAAAGCCCCAACAUGGCAAGUUGAUACAUUCAGGUCUGCAAGCAUCCGGAGUUACACUGGUACAAGUAAAGUUAUGAAGCAGUUACAUUGCCAUGGAAACCUAGUGACCAGAUCCAGUUUGGCUUAUGUGAUUCUAGUCCUGCAUCAGCAUAGUUAACUAUCGGCACGGCCACAAGGAAGGUGCAGUAAACGCUCGCAUCCACAAUCCACAAUUCCAGUUACAUCCACAAUCUGAGAGUGUGUUGAAGGGUGACCCCAAUGGCUUAGCCGACUUUCUCUUUGGUUU